AUGGUUUCCUCGAGGCGGGUUGCUGCGAGUGCUGCCGUAGUGGAGACUCCAUCUCGUCCGGUCCGCAGUAGCAGACGUCAAAUCACAUCAUACAACGAAAGUUCAUCACCAGAUUCCAGUUCAUCCGAGAGCCACCAGGACAGCCUAGAGGAGACUACAUGGAGACGCUCUUCUACUAGCCGACGUAACAACCGCAACCAAUCUGUUGCGUCUGCAUCGAGUAGCCGACCUAAACGCACAGUGUCUAAGCCAAGAACAUACCAAGAACCCUCCUCGGAUGAGGACUUGGACAGCGUCAUUGCUCGCUACCCCGAAAUGAUCAUCCCGUCCAGCAAGGGUUCGCAAUCUGUGCCUCGACCCUCUCGUGUUAGUGCGCGCCAACGGCAGCAGCAUGCGGAGGCCUCUCCAAGCAAGAGAAAGCGGACUCCCGUGCACUCACCUCGCAAGCGUCGACAUGCGGAGUCCACAAUGGAAGUCAAUGAGUCGGCACCUCCUUGGCCAACUCUGCCCUAUCAAGUGCUUUUGAGUAUUUUCAUGUAUGCGUUUCCCCCGCUGGCGGACACUAGGCAAGGUAUCGAAGCCGAAUCCGGAAACAGUAAGAAGCUGCUAGAUAUCGCUUUGCUGUGCCGUGCCUUUGCAGAGCCAGCACUGAGUGCCCUAUAUCACACGCUCGUGCUUAUGGGGUCUUUGAAAGCGCAUAGGAUCUUAUUUCUCCUGUCGCAGCCUAACGAGAAUCUUUCUGUGAAUUAUCCUACCAAGGUGCAGGAAGUCUUUAUUGAUGUCCGCUUGACUUUGGUGUACAAGGCGGGGCCAACAUACGGUUAUUUUGAUCUCUGCAAGCUCAUACAAAAAGUGCCGCAUAUCAAGACCCUUCGGCUGUUGGAUUCAAAUGAUGGCAAACAACCUUUGUGGGCAGAUCGUACUCCCCGGUGGAACUAUCCUUCGGCAUUGUUUGAGACACUGAAAGCUACCAAUAUUCACUUACACACCUUUGAUUGGAACACUCGAUACAUGGAGACACGGAAUUUGAUUGAUACCAUGUUGCCGCGCCACCUCGAAACUCCAUUCCAGAGCAUCCGCAGUCUGAACAUUUUUCACGUUCAUUCCGAUGAAAUUGUCACGCCAAGAGAGAACGGACAACCCGAUGAACAAAACAUUGAAAAGGGACUAGGCGAAGCGUUGUGUCAACUUCCCGACUUACAGGCAGUGUCUUUUACUGACUGUGGAGCCGUUAACGACGUGCUUUUGGCUGCAAUGCCGUCGACCUUAAGGUCACUCACUCUCGACAACUGUGAUGAGGCGGGCACAGUAGGGUUCAUGGCAUUCUUGACUGAUCGUGGAUCUUGUUUACGACAGCUAGUGCUGAAACACAACCGACAUCUCAACAUGUCUUUCAUGACUAUUCUGAGAGAUGCAUGCCCGAACCUUGAGAAGCUCUCUGCUGAUUUCAUUAUGCACAACUGGCCACCCCACUAUGAUGGUACGCCUCACUUCAAGAAUCUUAUCAAACCUGGUGAGAUUCCAACUUGGCCUCGAGCGCUUCAGGAGAUUGAGCUUUCACAUCUACGUCAAUUGGACGAACCUCAGACUGCAACAUUCCUAAGUUCUCUCGUUGACGCUGCUACUGACCUUCCUAACUUGCGGAAAAUCAACAUUAGCGCAACCGUAUGGAUGCAAUGGCAAGACAGGGCUUCAUUCCGCAAAUAUUGGGGUAAUAAACUUGCACGAACUUUCCUCCGCAAAGAUGUGGCCGUAACUACGAAUUUAGGAGCGGAUCAUGCGUCUCCAGGAACUACGUCUCAACAGCACUCACACCGGCACAGCGCUCGCAUAGCAAGGCAGAGACUUGCAGGAGUUGAUGAUGACGACGAAAAUGAUGAAUUGGAAGAGAUCGAUCAUGAUGUUAGCGGCGAUGAUGAAAACAAGGCGGGAUCUGCAAACGACUAUGUUCAAGGAUUGUGUGACGUCGUAUCUUUCGGAAUAGACGGCUUGCGUCCCACCGAGAAUCAAUACAGCGAAGGCGACUUUCUCGAUUCGGAGCAGAGCGGUGACGAGGAUUGGGAGGGAGAAGACUGGGAACCGGAAAAUGACAGACAUGCAUGGUGA